AUGGCCAAGGAUUUGCCUGCAGACUUGGUGGCCCAGAUUCUGGUAUGGCUUCCGGUGGUCUCUCUCUUGCGAUGCAAGUGCGUCUCCAAAUCCUGGUACACUCUUAUUACUCACCAAAGCUUCAUAAGAAAACACCUCCUACACAACAACAACAACAACAGCAGCAGCGAAACUCUCCUUCUCCUCAAUUUGUUCAAUAAAACCACCCAAGAUUUCGUUUUAUCCACGCUUUCUUAUGAAACACUCCAAUUAUCCCCUACACAACCUGCACAUCCGUCGGGUUUUGGGAACAUCAAGAAGGGUAAUAUUUGUUUUGUGGGUUCUUGCAAUGGUCUCGUUUGUCUACACACUAUGUCAUUAUAUGAAUUCGAAGUUGUUAUAUGGAAUCCUGCAACUAGAGAAACAAAGGUUGUCCCCAAAUCAAACCUGCCCCGCCUCCCACCCUAUUGGUAUCAGACCAUAAUUGAUUCUAUCGAAUUUGGUUUUGAUGCCAAAACUAAUGACUACAAGAUAAUCAACCUUCUUACUCCCUAUGACGAAGAAGUUAACUCAUUCGAUGAAACUUGUGAAAGGAUAAUCGAAAGUGAGGUAUAUAGCUUAAGUGCCGAUUCUUGGAGAAAAGGUGAUAGGUCCCUGUGCUGUACUGGUGAGCUUUAUAUCGGUGGUUUGAACACAUACAUCAAUGGCAUGGCUUCUUGGGAGCUAUCUGUUCGUGGUUGGGAGGGUGUCUUGUCAUUUGAAAUGAGCGACGAGGUAUUCCUAAAAACACCGGUGCCAGAUGAUGUUUUGAAUGAUCGUUGGAGUCACUUUUUCUUGUUGAAGGAAUCGAUUGCUAUGGCAGUUACUAUAACAGUUGAAGGUUGUAGCGUCCUAGAAUUUUCAAAGUUAUUUAAAUAG